AAUGAUGUGGACUCACUCCAUGGAGUAUCAAACCAGGAUUUCCUGUAGGAUUUCUGGGGAUCCCCCUGAGCUGGGAGGGAGUUCCUCCCAUGGAGAAAUCAAGAUGUAAUUUUAGAAUGGGGCAGAUAUAAAAGAUGAAAUCAGAUUGAAAAUACAGGGAUUUCUCCAGCCCGGGCUGUGGCUACAGCACAGCAAAGUUAGCUGGAGCUGAGAGAUUUCCUGGGAGUGCAGCUCUCCUUUUCUGGGCCCCAAGGCCCUGCUCGGGGACAUUCACCCUUCCUUCACCUUCAAAUCAGUUCCCUUACAUAUAUAUUUUUAAAAGAAAUCCAAGUCUUACUUUCAAAGCACACACUUAGUCUCAACUAGGGAAUCAACAGAAGCAGAAGCGAUUUUUUUCCCCCUUCUUGACAUCUGGCUUGCGAUUGGCUGGGAGGGGGUCAGCUGACUUUGUCAUUUUGUCUGUCCUGGAUUGGAGCCGUCCCUAUAACCAUCUAGUUCCGAGUACAAACUGAAGACAGAAAUAAAUAUUAAAGAAAUCAUAGCCCGACCAGGUAAAGGCAAAGGGAUGAAUUCCUACUUCACUAACCCUUCCUUAUCCUGCCACCUCGCCGGGGGCCAGGACGUCCUCCCCAACGUCGCCCUCAAUUCCACCGCCUAUGAUCCAGUGAGGCAUUUCUCGACCUAUGGAGCGGCCGUUGCCCAGAACCGGAUCUACUCGACUCCCUUUUAUUCGCCACAGGAGAAUGUCGUGUUCAGUUCCAGCCGAGGGCCGUAUGACUAUGGAUCUAAUUCCUUUUACCAGGAGAAAGACAUGCUCUCAAACUGCAGACAAAACACCUUAGGACAUAACACACAGACCUCAAUCGCUCAGGAUUUUAGUUCUGAGCAGGGCAGGACUGCGCCCCAGGACCAGAAAGCCAGUAUCCAGAUUUACCCCUGGAUGCAGCGAAUGAAUUCGCACAGUGGGGUCGGCUAUGGAGCGGACCGGAGGCGCGGUCGCCAGAUCUACUCGCGGUACCAGACCCUGGAACUGGAGAAGGAAUUUCACUUCAACCGCUACCUAACGCGGCGCCGGCGCAUCGAGAUCGCCAACGCGCUCUGCCUGACCGAGCGACAGAUCAAAAUCUGGUUCCAGAACCGCCGGAUGAAGUGGAAAAAAGAGUCUAAUCUCACGUCCACGCUCUCAGGGGGCGGCGGAGGGGCCGCGGUCGACAGCCUGGGCGGAAAAGAGGAAAAGCGGGAAGAGACAGAAGAGGAGAAGCAGAAAGAGUGACCAGGACUGUCCCUGCCACCCCUCUCUCUCCUGCUCCCUCGCUCCCCCCAACUCCCUCCUAAUCACACACUCUGUAUUUAUCACUGGCACAAUUGAUGUUUGGACUUCCUGAGACAAAAUUAGGGAGUCAAAUAUGGACCUGAAAAGUCAACUCUGGACCCCCUCCCUCACCGCACAGACUCUUUCACAAGGCGCCUCCUCCUCCUGCUCCUCCUGCACCCUCGCUAGCUCGUUCUCGGCUCGUCUGCAGGCCCCUUCCCUCGCCCAGGCCUUGGGGCUCGUGCCUGAACCUCGCUUCAGACUCCACAGAUCUCCCUCCAAACGAGGACUUGGCCUCCCACCCUCUCGGCGCCCCCCACCCCCGCCCACGCGCAGAGAGCCGGCUCCCGGGCCCGGGGGCCUCCGCUCCCAGGCCUCAGGGCCCGGCGUGGCAGCCGGGGAGGGCGGGAGGCCCAAGUAGGGCGCGUGGUGGUCCCACAGCAACCCCCAGGGCCUGCCCGCAGCCCCCGCCCGGCCCCUCUGCCCCAGCAAAUGCCCAGCCCAGGCGAAUUGUAUUUAAAGAAUCCUGGGGAUCAUUAUGGCAUAUUACAAACUGUGACCAUUUCUGUGUGAAUAUUUUUAGCUGUAUUUGUGGUCUCUGUAUUUAUAUUUAUGUUUAGCACCGUCCGUGUUCCAAUCCCAUCUUAAAAAGGAAAAAAAAAAAAAAAAGAGGGGAAAGUACAAAAAGAGAAAAAAUAGUGAAUGACGUUUGUUUAGCCGGUAGGAAAAAAAAAUAAAUUAAAAAAAUCCUGUCGUGUUACCCUCCUGUAUAAAUCCGACCUCUGGAUCCGUUCUCGAAUAUUUAAUAAAACUGAUAUUAUUUUUAAAAGUUUA